AUGAAUAAGGUAUUAGUGUUAUCACUGACAUGUCUAAUUAGUAUUAAAGGAUUUGAAAUUGAUUUCUCAUUGCUCUUGCAAACAGGAUCUGAAUCAAAUUAUGCAUUUUAGUCUGUUUAUGAUUUAUUGAAUGAUUUGAAGACAAACAACAUAGAGGCUUAAGGAGUGGCAGAUGAGAAGAACAUUUCAGAUGAGGUGAUUGGAUAAACUAGAAUAGUGCUUUAUGGAAAGAGAUGGUUAAACAAAAAACCUUUGAUAAUUGCAAAACUUAGAAUAGAAAAAAUUGAUGUUUAAUUAAGAAUGGCUAAAGAUUAAAUUGCCUUAGCUACCUAAAAAUUGGUGAAUAUUCACAAAAGACCUAUUGGGUUGUAAGAGUUUAGAUGUCUUUCAAAUGGUUUGCUUGAGAGAGCCAUCAAAUAGCCAUUAGGAUGCUUUGAGAGUGAUUAUGGAUAUUUGACAGGUCAAUCAUCCUCAUUGGGAUAGAUUAAUGUGCACAAUGUAUCUGACAAAUUGAAAUAAUACAGUCAUCUGUUUAAUCAAGAUGCAAUUACCAAAUUUGCAUAAUUAGCUGCUGAAUAGGCUUAAGGUGAUGCAGAAUUGAAUGCAGUUGGUCAAAAGGAAGGAGCAUCAUCAGACAGAUUACCAGGACACAAUAUUGGUCAAUUGGUUUAAAAUGUUCUCUCAGAUCUUGAGGAUUAAUUGAAGGGAUCCUUAGCCGAUUUAAAGGCCAAUGAAAUUGCUGCCUAUUAUUAAUUCGCCGAUUCGUUAGCAGACACAGAAUCUGAAAUUGCUCAUCUUAAUGAAGAAAUCUAAAGGAAGACCCUAUUGUAAGACAUGUUGGUUGUGUAACGAAAAGCUGCUCUUGCUGUGCACAGCUAUGCCUUCAGAGCGUUGAGGGAUUCUCAAAAUACCCUUAAUGCAGCUGCAGCAUCCUUGUAGAAGUUGAGAGACCUAUACGAGACUCAGUUGAAUAGAAGAAACGGUAAGGAGAUCAAAUUAAUAUUUAAGUGGAGAAUGCCAUAAUUGAUGAGGUUAUCCAUAUCUUCAAGUAACAAGUGUGGGAAAUGGCUAAUUAAAGUUCUUAUGGAAAGAAAUGAUUAAUAUACAUAUAUAUUAAUAGUAAAAAUAGGAGAAAAAUAUUAAAGGACAUUUUACAUAAUCCUUGCAAUAAUUUGGGUUAAUUGCUAAUUUGAUCAGUUUAGUAAACAUAAUCCUAUCUACACACCCAGGUUUGAUGAAGUCCUGACUGAAUUGGUGGGCACCCUUGGAGAAGCUAAAUGGGCUGAAAUUACUAGACAGAUGAAAACGAUUUAUGGACUUUCUAUUCCCCAUAAACCAAUGGUGUAAGCUAGAUGGAGAGCAAUAGAUCCAAAAAUUAAUAGACAAAUAUUUUCAGCGGAAGAAACAGUCACUCAUUGGCAUAUUUGUGUCAAAUAUAAGUGUCAUUGGGAUGCAGUCAAAGCUGAAUAUGAAGCAAUUGGUUAAAUCAGAGACAAAUGUUUUUUGAGUCAAAAAUUCUAUGCACAUUUCUAAUUCAAAUUGGUUGAUUUAAAUAGAAUGAUGGGUAAGAUGGUAGCCUACAAUUAACCUAAAAUUGAAAAUAUGAGAGAUACAACAAAAAAAAGAAUCUUGGAAAUCAAUGCCAGAGAAGCAUCCAGCGUUAAAGAUCAAUCUGCAAGAGAAAUCAUAUAAAGUUGUUAAAUGCUCAUCAAAUUAUUGACUUAUGUCGUUGACAAUCAUAAAGAAGACUAUAAAGUGAUUACAGAAGAAUUGAAAAAGAUGAUCACUCCAGAGAAGUUUGCCAGAGUCCUUCAAAACAUAUUCAUUAUUGAUUUAAUUGUGUUGAUAGCUUGCAACGAAUUGAAACCAUCUGAUGAAACUCCAGAUUUCAUUAAAAUGGAUGAAAGAAAGAAAAUCAAGUAUAAAAAGCCAACUAAAGUUAAAAGAUGGGAUGAAGCACUUCUAUUAAGUUCAAGUCCAGAAAACACUGAAGAUGAAGAUGUACUCAGAACUGAAUAGGAGAUCAACAAAGUUACUGGAGGAACCAAUUUCACAAAAGCAGAUAUGGAAGAAAUUAAGUAGAGUCCAAUUUAUUGUGUUUGCAAUACAGAUUAAAAUCAAACAUUUUAUGAUUGGUACAAUGAAGCCAAAAUUCAGAAGGCAACUUUAAAAACAGACUUAUUAGUUGAUGUCAUGGAUAUCAUGAGUAAUAAAGAGAAGUAGAAAUCUGAGAAGAGUAAACCUCCUGUUUAAAAAAGAACAGCGUUAUUGGCAAAGAAAUAAAUGAAGUUGAUUGAAAAAAAGAAAAAUGAACUUAUGAAACAAGAUAAGGAUGAUAAAAUUAAGACUGUGAGAGGCAAAAUUAAAAUCGAUAAGGAAGUAUUCCCAGGGUGUUACACCAAGUUCUUUGACAAAGAAGAUGAGGAUGAUUAUGGAGAUAGUCAAGACAAUCCAAUAUAUUCAGCUAUUGAUGCAGAUCAGAUCUACUAGAUUAUUAUGCAGCAGAAAUAAGCACAAGAUAAUUGA